ACAGAAAACCUAACGUUUUUCUCAAGAACCAGGAAAUGAAACUUGAGUGGAAGGAAACCCUCACAUACGGUAUAAUCCUGCAUUCGUCUGUUAGUAUAACGGGGGUCAGUAUGGUGCUGAGCAACCAACAGGGGAACUGUGUCUACGACCCAAAGAGAAUCAAAGUCAUGCAGGUCAUGAAAGUAAAAGAAAGCAACAUAUCUAGACACCGUCAUCUUCAGAGUGGAGUCACCCCUGAGGACAGCCACGUCUACGUGAUGUAUCAUGGAACAUCAAAACAGGCUGCAGUAGAAAUACAGAGACAUGGCUUCACACCAUCCACAGAUGGCAUGCUUGGUGCAGGUGUCUAUGUCAGUCGAGACAUCAGAAAAGCCAUCAAAUACCCCAUUGGUGCUGAUGACUCAGACAAGAUGGUUCUGAAAGUGAAGGUGGAUGUUGGCAAGGUUAAGAUCAUUGAUGUGCAGGGUCACGACAGGCAAUACGACUGGCACACACAUGGGUAUGACACUGCCUGGGUUCCACCUGGUGUAGACAUGGUGCCGAGCAACCAACAGGAGAACUGUGUCUACGACCCAAAGAGAAUCAAAGUCAUGGCAUUGCUGAAAGUGGCCAUCUUGAAAAAGUUAAACCCGUCACUGGAGGUGGAGGCUUGAAGGUGUAUUCAAGGAGUAUUAAUUACACUUCAUGUUCAUCGAGAUAAGAGGAUGUAGCAUGCUGCUAUAGCUACACAUUCAAUAUUGCAUAGGAAGAAGCUAUAUUUUGCCAAAGGCUUACUGAUUAUUGGCAAUAUACCUACUGUAUAUGCAAUUAAUAUACCCUUGUCACAUUUCAAAAACCGAUUCAAUGAUAUUCACUUGACGUAAACAAGGUGUGUAUCAAUGAUCAUAAUUGUUCAGAAUAAUUGUCUUCCUGUAAUAAAUCUCAAAUAAA